AAUGCUUCCGCUACCCAGUCCUCGAGAUCGAGGAGGAAAAUCAAUAGUGUCACCUACUGCGCUAUCUGAAGGUGGAUUGUCGCCGGGGGGUGGAGAUGUCUGUCUAAGUAAGAGUCUUUCCUUGUCCUGGGCCCAAGGCUUGGAUAACGUUUCUAGAUCACCCCAGGCUGCAAGAAAGAGUAACUUAGCUAGACCCAAUAUUCUAGGUCACGCAGUGCGCUGCUCUGAAUCGUGUAGUGACGUCAAUCAAUUAGGCGGAAGCAUGAAAGUCUCAGGCGGAGAGUGUAGAGAUGCUUUUGAUUCCAAUGAUUUGUUAUCGGACAUUGAUAAAAAGAAGAGUCGCUCUAGGCAUUGCCUAUAUGAGCCUAGACAUGCAGAGGACUUAAUCGUAACUCCAUUUGCUCAAAUUUUGGCGAGUUUAAGAAGUGUUAAGAAUAACUACGUAUCCCUUACAAAUGUAACUCCAGUAAACAAAUCUAAUCGGAGAGGAAGUUCCAUUGGACAUCAUACAAAUACUCACUAUGUUACGACAACAACUGCGACCCCUCCUCCUCAGACUAACAUAAAGUUAUCGGAUGAGGCUUAUCAAAAACUGGCUCAGGAUACCUUAGAAGAAUUGGAAUGGUGCUUGGAACAACUGGAAACAAUACAGACUCAUCGGAGUGUAUCAGAUAUGGCGUCAAGCAAAUUUAAGCGUAUGCUAAAUCGUGAAUUGAGUCACUUUGCCGAGUCAAGCAAAUCCGGAAAUCAAAUAUCCGAAUAUAUUUGCAGCACUUUCCUUGAUAAACAAGAAGUGGAUUUACCUACGCUUAAGGUUGAGGAUGCUGAGCCAAAGAAAACAGUUUUAAGUAAAAAGUCUACAGGACCCAUGUCUCAAAUAAGUGGAGUGAGAAGAUUGCAUCAUACUAGUAGUUUCAGUGGCGGAAUAACUCCUCGUUUUGGAGUUGAAAGUAAUAGGGAAAAAGAACUCGAAGAAUAUAUGAAUAAUCUUGAUAAGUGGGGAAUCGAUAUUUUUAAAGUUGCCGAGCUAACCGAUUAUCGCCCCUUAACAGCGGUUACUUAUACGAUACUGCAGGAGAGGGGACUACUCAAAGAAUUUAAAAUACCUUCGGUUACUAUUAUUAAUUACUUAAUGCACCUGGAGGCACAUUAUCAUCGAGAUAACCCAUAUCAUAAUUCUACUCAUGCUGCUGAUGUUACUCAGUCAUCGCACGUACUUAUAUCCGUCCCAGCAUUGGAGAACGUUUUUACUGAACUGGAGGUGCUAGCCACUAUAUUCGCAUCUGCAAUCCAUGACGUAGACCAUCCAGGAUUAACUAAUCAAUAUCUUAUCAAUACAAGUUCGGAAUUGGCUUUAAUGUACAAUGAUGAGAGUGUACUGGAAAAUCACCAUCUGGCUGUUGCUUUCAAACUAUUGCAAGAGGAAGGAUGUGACAUAUUUACCAGUUUAACUCAGAAACAACGAUUGACUUUAAGGAGAAUGGUUAUUGAUAUGGUUCUGGCCACUGAUAUGUCUAAACAUAUGAGCUUAUUGGCUGACUUAAAAACGAUGGUUGAAACUAAAAAGGUUGCUGGUUCUGGGGUGCUUUUGCUUGAUAAUUAUACGGAUCGAAUACAGGUUAUUGCCACUGAUAUGAGUAAACAUAUGGCUAUACUAGCCGACAUGAAGACACUUAAUGAAUCCAGGAAAAUGUCUCAAGAUCGACCUUUAGUGAAAUUUGAAUCAUAUGGUUCAAGAAUAAAGGUGUUACAAAAUAUGGUACACUGUGCUGACCUAAGCAGCCCAGCAAAACCACUAGAACUGUACAGAAAAUGGACAGAUCGGGUCAUGACAGAAUUCUGGAGACAAGGAGAUUUAGAGAGAGAGAAAGGAAUGGAUAUUUCCCCAAUGUGCGACAGACAUAAUUGUACAGUUGAGAGGAGUCAGGUUGGUUUUAUUGACUAUAUCGCUCAUCCUUUAUGGGAAACUUGGGCUGACUUAGUUCACCCUGAUUGUCAAGAUAUUCUCGAUGCUUUGGAAGAUAACAGGGAUUGGUAUCAUAACAUGAUUCCAUUGUCUCCCACGAACUCCUUUAGUCAGAAAACUGAAGACAUCGAAAACCCUACUGAAGAAACAGCAGAUUCUAAGUUUCAAUUUGAAUUAACAUUAGAGGAGGAAGAGCCUAAACCGGCUCCAACUGAAACAAUUAUUGAUGAACCUCUAGAAGUUCACCAAAUAACAGAUGUUUAA